AUGAAUUCUACUCCCAAUGGUGGCCGGCUGCAGGGCCGUAUCGCUGUCGUCACGGGAAGCUCCUCUGGCCUAGGUGCUGCCAUCUGUCUUGCCUUCGCCGCCCAAGGUGCCACCAUUUUCUGCAUCGACCUCUAUCCAUCUCCUCGUAAUGCGAUCAAUCCGGUCACCCUUCGAGCCGAUGAUUUCAACAAUCGAAUCACAAACCAGCCUGGCACGCAUGAGCGCGUCCGUCAGAUGGGAGGCGAGGCCACCUACCACAAGGCCGAUGUGACCAAAGCGCGGGAGAUGGAUUUUGCCAUCCGAGCUUGCGUGCAACGGUACAAGAGAGUGGACAUCAUGGUGAACAAUGCUGGAAUCAGUGUUGAGAGCACACAUAUCCGACCUCUACGGUGUCAUGAAACCAGCGAGGAGGACUAUGACAAGACUAUGGCCAUUAAUUCCAAGGGCAUGUUCUUGGGCUGCAAGUACGCUCUUAAACAAAUACUAGAUGGUCAGGAAAAGAUCUACGAUUCCCGAGGCUGGAUCAUCAAUACAGCUAGUGUCCAAGGCUUGGUACCAUACUAUGGCACACCCAGUUAUUGUGCAAGUAAAGGUGCUGCUGUCAUGUUAACGAAGCAAAUAGCGUUGGAUUAUGCAAAGGAUCUCAUCCAUUGCAACGCGCUUUGCCCAGGCUUUUUGGAAACCAGCAUGACCCAAAAUCUGCAGGGUCAGGAACUCGUUUUGGCAGAGAUUCAGGGCAAGCACCCCUUGGGUGGUAGACUAGGCAAGGUGGAGGAUGUUGCCAAAGCAGCCGUCUUUCUUGCCAGUGAUGAUGCAGCUUGGAUUACUGGUGUCCCAUUGCCAGUGGACGGAGCAUAUCUUCUGAGGUGA